AUGCCUCGGACAUUGCCAUGGCAGGUCGGCGACAAACAGAGGAAAAGCACGACUCCCUCGACAAGCAGCACCAAAUGGCUGUCAAAAUCAAGGCAUGCAACUGGCACAAGAUUGGAAAAUACGCCAACCCCUAAGAGCACCCCGCCUCAGAUUUUGCGAACUCCUUCUACCUCCCCACCACUUGAACUACCGCCUGUAGAAUUUAUGAAAGAAGGCUUAGAUAACGACGAUCAGUAUAUUAUGGUCGAAGACGAAUUUCUAGCGACCGCACAGACCUUUACUCGUCAUCUGCACCAUGCCGAAUAUGUGCGUAAAAAGAACGAGGCAAAAGCCAAGAAUGCCAAAGCCAUUAAUGCUCUAGUUCGACCUACGAGUACGAAAAGUAUUUUGAGUGCUGAAGCUAAGAAGAACAUGCAGUCUGAAGAAAACUCAAUGAAGCAUAAGGCUGCUCUGAGUGAACUUAAACGAGUUGCUGGGCGGCCCCCUGUGGACUCCGAGGUCGAAGAUGAAGGUCUUGAGAGCGAAGAGGAUAAAUUUGAUGAUCCUUGGAUGGGGACUUCGUUGCAAAAUUUGAUGACACAUCAAAGGAAGCACCUUCCAUUGCUCGGCUUACACGGCAUCCGGUCCACGACUCGGGCCGCAUUAGGUUUUUCGAAGGCUCCAGUUGACUUACCUGGAAAGGGUGCUAAAAAGAGCCGAAAUGAAUACCCCACAUCGACGAUGGGAGCGAAUGUCAACCCCGAUAUGGUCAGUGAAUCUACGGGUGACGAUGAUGAUCUUGAUGCUCAACCCCAGAGGUCGAAAUCUGUUCGGAUACCCACAGCGAAACAAAGGCCUGCGUCAAUUAGGAGCAAUGCCUAUACGGCAGAUUCAUUGUCUGUGAAUACGAACGCACAACCGGCGUCACGAUGUGAUCCACAAGAAAAUAUAAAAGCAUCGUAUGAGUCUGGCCACUCAAAAAGCCGCCGACAUAGCACCUCUGCUCCUCCAAAACACACAAGUAGAAUAAUGAGAUUACUCGAUGAUUCAGAUGAUGAACAAUCAACAGAAAUAAAGGAAUAUGAAAUCAGCAAUAACAAAUACCAACAUCGCAAACGAUCGCCAUCAGAAACCUCAUCCAAUAAACGCCAUGGAAAAGAUGCAAAAUCCAAAAAAUCCCGCCUCAAUGAAGUCCCAACAUUCAUAUUGUGA